UUUUUUCAAGUUCGAGCAUCAACCUGUAAGGAAAACACCUUGUGACUGCGUCUUUUCUCCAAACACCGCGCCUUCACUGACGACGGCUCUGUCGCCGCCGGAGCACCGCAUUCACCGUCAUCCAUCGCCUUCGUUCAAAUUCCUCUCAUCUCUGCCUUCCGUUCACUACCCAUUGCACCUGAAAGCACGAGGCUCGCAACACAUUCGUAUACCUCCUCCGUUUACUUAACGAAGGGUUUGAACCUUCGGAAUCAUAAGCCCUCUGCGAGUGAAUUCCUUUUUUCCGAGUGUCGCGUUGAGGUUACGUUUGUUCGGUGGCUUUUGCGAAUUCUCUGAACUCAUGGCCGCAUGGUCUUCUAGAAAGUUACUGAGAGACGUUCUUCUCAAAAGUGUAGUCUCGAAUCAGCUUCCUGGCAUUAGAUGCUUUUCUUCUGCGCCAAAAAUUGCUCCUAAGAUCGGUCAUUAUUCCAAGAAAGGAAGGUUGUUGACGGGAGCCACCAUAGGUCUACUUAUAGCUGGUGGAGCUUAUGUGAGUACUGUGGAUGAAGCUACUUUCUGUGGAUGGUUAUUCUCGGCGACAAAACUUGUGAAUCCUUUUUUUGCUUUGCUGGAUCCUGAGUUUGCACACAACUUGGGUGUCUCGGCUGCAGCUCGUGGUUGGGUUCCAAGGGAGAAGAGGCCCGACCCAUCAAUCUUAGGGCUAGAAGUUUGGGGAAGAAAAUUCUCCAACCCAGUAGGCCUUGCUGCAGGCUUUGAUAAAAACGCUGAGGCUGUAGAUGGUUUACUUGCUCUGGGCUUUGGCUUUGUGGAGGUUGGCUCUGUUACUCCUGUCCCCCAGGAUGGCAAUCCAAAACCUCGUAUCUUCAGGUUGCAAAAAGAAGGUGCUGUAAUAAAUAGAUGUGGCUUUAAUAGUGAGGGAAUUGUUGUUGUUGCAAAGCGGCUAGGCGCUCAGCACGGUAAGAGGAAACUAGAUGAAACUUCAAGCGCUUCAGCUUCUUCCAAUAAUGAAGUCAAACAUGGUGGAAAAGCUGGCCCUGGCAUCCUUGGUGUCAAUCUUGGAAAGAACAAGACAAGUGAAGAUGCUGCGUCAGAUUAUGUUCAAGGAGUUCAUACAUUGUCCCAAUAUGCUGAUUACUUGGUGAUUAAUGUUUCAUCACCCAAUACCCCUGGUUUGCGCAUGCUUCAAGGAAGAAAGCAAUUGAAGGAUCUUGUGAAGAAGGUUCAAGCUGCUCGUGAUGAAAUGCAAUGGGGUGAGGAGGGCCCACCUCCAUUGCUGGUAAAAAUUGCUCCAGAUUUGUCAAAAGAAGACCUUGAAGAUAUUGCUGCAGUUGCCUUGACUCUUCACUUGGAUGGACUGAUUAUAUCAAACACAACCAUUUCAAGACCAGAUCCUGCCAGUAAAAAUCCAUUGGCUUCAGAAACUGGUGGCUUGAGUGGGAAGCCUCUCUUCAAUCUCUCCACCAACAUCUUGAAGGAGAUGUAUAUCUUGACUAGGGGCCGGAUUCCUUUGAUUGGCUGUGGGGGCAUUAGCAGUGGGGAAGAUGCAUAUAAGAAAAUACGAGCUGGAGCAACUCUAGUUCAGCUCUAUACCGCAUUCGCUUAUGGGGGACCUGCACUUAUUCCUCAGAUAAAGGCUGAAUUAGCUUCAUGCCUGGAAAGAGAUGGUUUCAAAUCCAUUGUUGAUGCAGUUGGUGCAGAUUGUAGAUGACCUUUGUCCACAUCAGAAUCCCGUGCUGUUCAAGCUUUGUUAGUAUGGGGCCAUUAACAGCGUAAACAGCACGAUGAUACAUUGACCCAAAGAAGGGUACCAAUAUAAGCUUCGACCUAAAAAAAGAGGGACAACAAUAUCAGUGCGGUGCAUCUUAAGAUUCUUAAGAUUUGCAUGCCUUUAUUUGAAAGGUCAAGAAGAUGCUUUAAGGAGACGCUAUCAGCAGCUCUCACUUCCAAAUUUGCAUCAUCACAGGACCUCUUAUCUAAAUCAGACGGUAACAAUUCAAAUAGCCUUAUCCUGCUUUGACUCCCUCGUCCCUCCUCCACCCCAACGUACCUUUGCAACAAUCCCUGUUUGUCAAGUCCAAUCAUUAUCAUUAUAAUAUUAUUGAAACAGCUCUUUUUGCUUUUGGGCCACAUUACUCUUAUCAUCAUUGCACAUUCUACCUUUUUUCAUAUGUCCCUUCUAUUUUUUUUCCUUUU